UGAGAGAAAGUUCGCAACGAUGCGUUUGACGUUUAUCCUUCAUAUUAUAUACCUUGUGGAAAUUUGCUCUAGAGCAAUCCUGUUGAUAGCACGCACGCGACCAAUUACGAGCUCUUUGGUGUGUUCGCGGUGCGAUCGGUGAGAUGUACUCCGUAUGAAUUUUGCAACUAAAUGUGCUGAAUCAGUCAAAAUUACGUGGAGCUGCACGUGAAAUAUCUAGAUUAUUGCGUGUAAAGUAACGGUAAACGUGUAAAAUUUGCAACAGCGCAUACGUACACAGUGAUGUUAAAAGCUACGUGUUGGAAAAUCGCCAACUUGUACGAGUAAACUAUUGUGUUUUCCUUUCAACAGCGUUUCGUUACCGAAAGCAUCCAUCGGAAGAAGGGAACAUUAUUAUGGGAAAAAGGCAGCGCAGUGACUACCGAGUGGACGGUGGGGCCUCCUCGACGGAAUCGAACGAUGAAACUUUACUUUCCACCAAAAUGAAUGGCGGUGAAGUGUGUACACACAUACAGAAAUCUAUCGAUUUGAACACAAUACGGAAACAAAUUAAAACCAAUGAAGCUUGGUUUAAAAAGGUUUGCGGCAAGUGUUUGGAUGAGCCAGCGGCACAUGGUGGAAAUCAUAUCCACGACUCAGGCAAAGUGUUCAGCGAUGCCAGUACAGAAACGACAUUGUGGCUUUGUCUCAAGUGUGGAACACAGCUCUGCGGUCGUAAGCAAAAUCAGCAUGCACUAAAACAUUAUACAGUACCUCGUUCGGACAUUCAUGCGCUUGCAAUGAACACAACAACGAUGGACGUGUGGUGUUACUGCUGCAAUAUGGCAAUCGAUCCGUACGCGAAACCAAAGCUACUCGAACUGGUUGAGCUUAUUAAGCGAGAAGUCACGAAAGUACGGUUCUCCGAUACUUCCACCACCUGUAUUACGGAGAUGCAAACGAAGUUGCGCGAUACGACCGACUCAGUCAGAAACAUGGUAAUAGAUGUACUGCAAUCAACCACAAACAGUUCGUACGAUGUGCCGGAUGCUGCAAAAUUUGAUUCCAACAAUCAAACGUACGAACACAAACCGGACAGUGGUACGGGGUCGAAUCAGCCCAACCUUGCCUCGACCGCGCUUGUUCGGCAUACGAUGCCGAUCAAGAACAUAGUCGACACGCUGCCCCGUGUGCGCGGUCUGUGCAAUCUUGGCAACACUUGCUUCUUCAACGCCGUCUUACAGUGUUUGGCUCGCACACCUUAUCUGCUGCACAUCCUCAAGCAGUCGGCAACCGAAGGUGAGAAGGUGCACAUACCUGGUGGGAUGUUAAAAUUACCGGACGGUUCCGAGACGGCCGUGCCACCGAUAGAUGGAGUAUUGACCAACUGGCGCAGUCUCACGGAAGCGCUAACCGAGCUGUUAAGCGAACUAAUUGCAAAUGCGGAAGAAUCCUUAUCACCGAACCGGUUGCUUCAGGAGCUGACUAGCAAGUGGCCCCAGUUCGAUGGGGGUGAUCAGCACGAUUCGCACGAGCUGCUGCGCCAUCUGUUGGAAAGUGUGCGUACGGAUGAUUUACGCCGUUACCAGUCCCUAAUACUACAAUGUCUUGGUUUGGAAACAAGGCAGCAGCUGCAGAACGUCGACAGCACACAGAAGGCGGUGGCAAAGUUCUACAAUGAACAGAUUUCCCAGUGGGUGUUCCGUCCGGAGCAGGUGUUUAGGGGUUCGCUCGUCUCAACGUUAACCUGCCAGGAUUGCCAUCAUACCUCGUCACAGCAUGAAUAUUUCCUCGACAUUUCAUUGCCGGUGUGCGUGGAAAAGCCGCAACCGCCGAUCAGACGACGGAGUAGCCCCGAGCCGGACGGUCAUAGUUCCGGCACGUUGACACCGUUGACAGGUGCGAGGGGGAUGUCAGCAACGAACGCCGAUGGGACAGCAGUAUCAAAGUCUUCUACCAAAAAAGAGCGCGAAUCGAAUAAGAAAGCGAAAAGGAUUGCAAAGCAUCAGAAAAAUAGAAUAAACCUAUCGUCUGUUGGAAGUGGUGUUGGUACAUUGCCGUCUGCUGGCGGCGAUAAGGUAGGCAAUGGUGGUAGUGAUGAAAGUGAACCGAUGGCAAAUAUGAUACCGUUAACGGAUGAUCAACCAAGUCCACCCGAUGGUUCGAAGGUGAACGAUGAAUCGUCGGACGAAUCGAACGAACCGUCAGACGCCGAUGUGGAGGAUAAUGACGUGACGGACGAUCCACUGUCGAAGAAUGGUUCAAUGUCAAUUGUAGAUCAAAACGGUAACCAACUGCGUUCGCUGCCGGAAAAAUCAGACGAUACGCCAGAAAACCUAAACAAGGAAGCGGAUGGCAAUAAUAUCGUGUGUGCAGUUGGUAUUAGCGCACAGCGUGCGGCACACAUGGCACGACAGCUACCGGCCGGAAAUGCGGAAAGCAGCGAAACAGACGAAGACACUGUGAAGCGGAGAGGCGAUUUACAGCACGGCAGCGGUGGUGGACGUGAUGGAGGUGAGGAGGGAUGCACCAGUGAGCCAAAGCGUGGCCGGCAGCGUACAUUUAGUCAUGCGGAUUGGAGUAACACGAUUGCGCCCCGCUACCAGUGUGAGGACGGCGAGUACUCUAUACAGUCGUGCUUUAAUAAUUUUACCGCCGUUGAGUUGAUGACGGGCAACAACAAGGUGUGCUGCGAGGCGUGUACAGAGCGCAUCAACGGCAAGGGUGGUAAGUCGGUAAAUACGAACGCGACGAAGCAAUUCCUUAUUUCACAACCGCCCGCCGUGCUGAUACUGCACUUGAAGCGCUUUCAGGUAGGGUUGCGAAGUGUAUUCAAAAAGCUAAACAAGCUGGUAUCGUUCCCAUUCGUGCUAGACAUUGCACCGUUCUGUGGCUCGAAGGUAAAACGUGCAUCGCACAUUCGGCCCGGUCAGAAAAGAAUAUUAUAUGCAUUGUACGGAUUGGUCGAACAUUCAGGUUCGAUGCACGGGGGACAUUAUGUCGCAUACGUGAAGGUACGCCCGACAUUUGGCCCGGACGAUGAACGGUGGAAAUUCAUCCCGCAGGGUACGAAGGAUGAGCUGGAUCGUAAGUCGGAGCAGGAGAUGGCAAAAGAGCAGGCGCUCCGUAUGGGAAUACACAUCCGUGAUAGUGACGAUUCGCUCAGCUCGUCCCAUACAACCAGCGAUAAUGAUGAUAGUGGUCAGAAGCUACCAAGGGAACAAGACGAACAAGACGUGGUGGAAGGUGACGUUGGUUGCACCCCGAAACCGACCGAACCAUUGCCGGAUAUAGAGCCACCACCGGGCAAAUGGUACUGUGUAUCGGAUAGCUAUGUACGCGAGGUAACAGAGGAAAGCGUUUUGAAAGUACAGGCCUAUUUACUAUUCUACGAGCGUAUAUUCUAAUCGUAUCUUAUUUUCCCAACCACCCUCCCUUCAACACUUCAUGUCUAUUUUGUAUUUUUGGUUACCCGUACAUUUAUAUAUGUUUUAUCGCUCUCAGGAUUGUUCAUUGUGAGAGUCGGUUCGAUUUUUAAAGUGAUUGCAUGAACAACAUUUUGUUUUAUCAAAUGUCAUCGUGAUAUUUUGAGUCGUCACAAUUUUGCUCCUUGCGGGCUUUAAGUAUAUUGUGCCCACGCGAAGUUUUCAAUCCGUUGAGCUAAACGGUGUUAUAGUACGCUCUGUUUCGAUUAUAGUAUUUUUCCCCCUCCCUCUCCUAGAAUAGUAUGCAAAGUUUUCGAUGAAAAAGCUGUUCUACGGCUAGGAGUAUGACAGCUCUUUUUUUUUUUUGAAAAAAAGCCCUUUAAUUAACUGUUAAUCGUGUUGGUGCUCUUUCAAUGAUGAUUGUAGGGUUUUUUUUUAAUUGAUUAACACUAGAACUACCAAGCAUUUGAAGCGCGUUUCAUUGAUGGUUUGCUUUGGUAAACAGUUUCGAACAGCUGGAUCAGGUUUUAGCAUUUUGUUUUUUUUUUCUUUUGAAGUUUAUACUAUAGAAUAGAUAUGCAAAAGUCAUACAUCAUACUACGGUAGCAUUGAUUUACCUCUUCCCGUUAAAAAAAUAGUGCAAUGAGGAAAUGGAAGCGUACCAGUCAAAAUGACUUUUACCGGUAGUUCUAGUGUUAGGGAUAACACUUACUCUGUCGACUACUGUCACACUUAAACGAUCUCGUGGACAUUGCAGAUGCAAAUUAUCAUGUUUCUUGAAUGGUUGGUAUUGCUUCACAAAUGAGACACAAAUCAUGCAUGGUGUCUCGACUGAAAGCUCAAACAAAUAAGUUAGUUCUAUUUUUUUUUGUUAUCGAUGGAUCUAUGAAUGUUAUUGAUCCGUUAAAAUAAUUGUGCGUUCCAGAGCAUAAUGCCCCCCACGCGGCUCCGGUUUCAAGCUGAAAUUUAAGCAAACAGUGUUAAUCUCAUAGGUAAUUUUAUUUCAUAUUUUAAUUUUAUUCGCAAAACACGGUACUAAUUUCCAAUAAAUGCAAAAUGAAAACAACAUUUUGGUCUUUGCUUUAAUAUUUGCUUUUGCAAAAUAGCAUCCUUUUAAUAUCUUUGCCUUUCUUAAUUUAUUAUUUGUAUUUAUUUUGUCGAAUGGGGCAUUAUACACCGGAAAGUGCAAUUAUUAGCUGUAAUUCGUUUUUUGUUCCCCUUAAGUUCCCAUAAAGGUCCGAGACCCAUGAGGUCGAUUCGAUCGUGUUCGUGGAUCAAUUGUGUAUUCAACAAAAUGGCUUCCCAUUGACCAGAUGUGUUACGUCAUUUACCGUCAGCUUCCUUAUUUUUAAAUAAAUAAAAUUGUGGAGCAUUUCCAAUACCUAAUCUUCUUUGCAUGAAUAAACCUUUUCUUCUCAAUGUGGAGAGAGAGAGAGAGAGAAAAAAACAACGAACCGUAACACAGAGUUAAUCAACGUUAGAUACUUCUAAAAUAUAGAUCCGGAAGCGAGAGAUAAAUUACUUAAAAAACAUCUUUCUCUAUCCGUCUGCCAAGGUUUAGAAAGCAUGCGUAAAGUUAAUAAAAACGUUUAUAUAGCGUGUCGUAAUGGACGUGUUAUUACAAAAAUUUUGUUUAACCGCAUCACUGCAAUUAAAAACUAUGAACAAACAAUAUUGUUUUGAGCAUUUUUGUAAUAGUCUCUCAAAGAAAUUGAAUUCAGGGUAUUUCAGCGAAGAUCGCAUUAGGUAUGCUGCUAGAAUACUUUAGCCGCACUACUCUAGGAAAAGCUUCUCGCUGCUAAGCCAUAGCGAUAGAAGAGAUUAUUAUGGGUCUACAGUUUGAAAUGAUGGUAUGUUCUUUACUAUGAUCCGCGUAACAAUAACAAUUUCACGAUGCAAAAAGAUGGCCGAUCGACGGAACUUGUAGAACCCCUUACAUCAGGUGGUUUAAAAAACUUAAAACAUCGAAUCAAGUGAAAUAAAUUUAAAAAACCUUUUGCGUUUUUUUGCAUUUUCCACAAAAAAGUUGUAGAACAAAAAAACACCACAAUAAUUUAUAUUGAAUAAAGCUGAAAGUCGAAAAUCAAAUAGCUCUCACUUUAAAGAAUUUUGAACUCAGCGCUUUAGACACAUUAACACUUUUCAACCAAAAAUUUUUAACAUUUUUUUUAUUCAGUCAUUACUUUAUCUGCUGUCUAUUAGUCGGAAGUCAAAGGUAAAGAAGUAGUGUAAUACAAUUGCAAAUGAAUGCUGAUAAAUAUAGAAUACGCUAAAUAACUUUGACAAACUAAAACUGAAAACUUGCGACUGGUUGUAUAAAGAGUUAUUUGCUGUCUUUAGCAUGAAGUCCAAUGUGUAGAGUUAAAAGCCGAGUGAGUUACAAAAGAGAAAUCUUUCGUAAGUGUCGAAAAUGAAAAUUGUGAUCCGACAGGGAUGAUAAUAAUUCUGAGAUUAAUACAUACAUCCGUCUUCUAUAUGUCCAAUCACACGAAUUUUGCGAUAGUUGUUGACAAUUAAACUGAAAGCAUUCAAACAAAGCGAACCCUUAUUAUUGGGUGGGUUGCAUAGAACGGUCAGAUGAUCUGCUUAUUAACGCAAAAUCCUGGUAACAAUGUUCGUCAAAACCGAACCUCCAAACCUAUGCGUAAGCCAAUCGUGAUUGUAAAUCGAACGUUCUCUAUCGAAGCAAAUGUAACGGAAAUCCAGAGAAACAAUUAAGAAAUAAAUGAGUUUGUUUUUUUU